GAGGCCCAGGGAGCGGAUGUGACGUCAUGACAGCCUCAGUCUCUAAUGGCUGAACAUCAACUGACGGCGACUAUCAAACUUUUACCCUCCUCAGCAGAAGGUGCAGAGCUACUGUUGACUUCUCCUCGGUGGUAACUUCCCUACGCGUAUUUCUGUCUCUGGAUUACAAAUGUGGGCUUAGAAAUGGAUCCGAGGUUUGACGUCCCGCGGAGGGCCGCCGGCGGCAGCGGGGGCUCCGCGAACUCUUCUCCCGCCCUCGGAGCUCAGUCCCGCCGCAGGAAGAUGCCCCCCAGACCGGCGGAUUUCAAACUUCAAAUUAUAAUUAUUGGCUCCCGUGGUGUUGGUAAAACCAGCCUCAUGGAGAGAUUCACGGAUGACACUUUCUGCGAAGCCUGCAAGUCAACCGUAGGAGUUGAUUUCAAAAUCAAGACAGUGGAGCUGAGAGGAAAGAAGAUCAGGCUGCAGAUUUGGGACACUGCCGGACAGGAGAGGUUCAACAGCAUCACGUCUGCUUACUACAGAGGAGCCAAGGGCAUUGUGCUGGUUUAUGACAUCACUAAGCAGGAGACCUUUGAGGACCUUCCUAAAUGGAUGAAAAUGAUAGACAAGUACGCCUCAGAGGAAGCAGAACUUCUGCUGGUUGGAAACAAGCUGGACUGUGAGACGGAUCGGAUCAUCUCCAGACAGCAAGGAGAGAGGUUUGCCUCUAGGAUAAGUGGGAUGCGUUUCUGCGAAGCCAGUGCCAAGGAUAACUUCAAUGUGGACGAGAUCUUCCUGAAGCUGGUGGAUGACAUUCUCAGUAAGAUGCCUCUGGAAGUUCCCAGCAAGGAGCUGUCCAACAGCGUUCUGUCCCUGCAGCCGGAGCCGGAAGUACCGCCAGAACUGCCCCCGCCCCGCAUGCGUUGUUGCUGAGUCUCUCCCAUCAUCCCUCUCUCACAAAGCACAUAGAAACCCCAGCGUGCAGUGGACACGUGGCUCCACUGGGGGGCGACACACAGCAGCUGUGUGGAUGGUUGAAGGCUGCUGUAAAUGAUGCAUGAACUGUCAAAGCAGCAGUAUUAUCUUCCUCCGUUUCUCUUCUCAGAUAUGCAGCAUACACUAACCUUUAGGCCUGGAGAUUCUUCUUUAUCCUAGUACCACCUCACUGUCUACAUGUGACCCCGACUACCUCAUUGCAUCGAUGGUUAACCCAGCUGUGCCUGCAUGUGCCUUCCACAUAGAGAGCUCUCCAGGAAAAGUUGCACAUUUUCUAAGGGCAGUAAUAUCCUUCUCUCUCUUUGUCUCCACAUCUUGUCCAAGUUAGCCCGGCGCAUCACCUCUGGAAGACAGAAAAUAAAGAGAAGUUUACUCUCUGGGUUCACAGCUGAACUACUUUAUAUACAGAUGAACAUUCUUUAAGUCAUUUGGGUUGAAGGAAGCGAAACACACCGUAAACAUGCCGUGGUGCCAUGAUGACCCACAGAAAAAGGGCCUUGUUUUUAUUUUAGUGGUGAUUCUAACUUAUUCCGUUUUCUAGUAUCUGUAACUGCUAUAUAUAUAUUUUUUCCGAGGAUGUCAUAUUUGACACUAGAGUCUCUCAGUGAAGGGGGAGAACAGUUGUAGUUUAGCACCCUGAAGAUCAGUGCAGCCUCAGCAGAGAGUGAGGCUCAGAGUGAACUGGAGACGCAAAGAGAGAUGGGUAAUGUAGGCUGGAGCAAGUAACCCUUCACUACCUGAGGAUGUGGAGAGGAAAAUCAAGUGCACAUCUCUUUUUUCUUUAUUGUGACUAAUAUUUCUGUGGUGUUUGUGUUUUAUUGCUAAACUCCAAGUUUCCUUUUUUGGGGCAAAGUGCAAGGCGGUUUUGUUCAGUGUUCGACUCAGGAAACUUGAAAAAAGGCCUGAUUGUUUUUUUUUUUUUUUUUUUUUUUUUGAGGACGGGCUCAAUCAAGUCCGAGUGUUGAAUCCAACGAAAGGUCUGGUUUCUGGGACGUGGCAGCAUUUCGUAUUCAAGUGCCAGAUUUCAUACAAAUACACCCCCCACCCACCCACCCACCCUCCUCCAUGCAGUCCCCCAAAAAACUGCAGAAACCAGAUCAGCUCUGUUGAGUCAUGUCUGAUAAAAAGACGCUCCUGCAGAGUCUUUGAAUGAAAUGUUUUUUUUCUGACGGCUGCAAUGUUAAAUCCCUGCUUCAAAUGUUCCUUUACGGAGCGGACAGGAAUUUCCUUCACGGUUUUCUCCCAACUGAGUCCAUGUCUGACGUUUAUUUAAACCCACUACAUGGACAUAUAUGUGCUAUACUUCCUCCCGUGCUCUUAGAAAACAAUAAUCCUUCAUAUGUUUGUUGAGCUGUGGCAUUUAGGGGGAGAUAUGAUGUUAAUGUAAAUUUGAUGGCCUAAAAAGACUUUUUUUAUUGACGUUUUAUGCUCAAUUUUAGCUUUUAAAGGUUUAAAAAGGCACCAUGUCCAUCCAAGAAAAGGUUUUGUACCAAAAUAAAAUCCUUACAUUUCUAUGAUUGGACUCAGUCAAAAGGGUUUUUGUAGAAAAUCUAGAAUUUUUGUUUUCAGAACAGGACCUGUCUGUCUUUUUGCUACUAACCCCUAAGUGUAACAACCAAGCCUAAUACUACAUCUGACAUGCUUCGAUCUGUAUUCUUUAAAGGCGCAGACUUUACUUUGUAUUAAACCUGUCUUCAUUUUUUUUGUAAUUCAUGAUGGAAAAAGCAGGUUUGUUGUAUUUAUAACUUUUUGGCAUUCUGGAACUAAUGAGAUGCUAUUAAAGAUGUCUAUAUUUA